AUGGGUCUCGCAGCGGACGCGGGCGACUUCGCCAUGAAGAUGAUCGGGCCGUGGAUCUUCAUCGCCACGGCCGUGGCCCACUUCCCCCAGGCCUUCCUCUCCAUCCUCUCCUCCGGCCAGUACGCCAAGCUGCUCUCCCCCUCCGAGUUCCUCGCCGAGGCCUUUGGCCGCUUCUGGGGCACCGUCGGCCCCAGCAUCAAGGAGGACUUCAAGCCGCGCGUCGUCCCCGUCCUCCAGGGCCGCGUCCGCGACGGCCGCAUCGUCGACGAGCCCGUCUACGAGCCCGUCUCCGGCGUCAUCAUGGAGAUUGGCGCCGGCAGCGGCAUGUGGAUGGAUGUCCUGGCCGGCUUCACCCCCGCCGCCGCCGCCUCCGACGGGCCUGCCGCUAACCUGCGCAAGCGCAAAGCGGACGAGCCCAACGGCGGUGGGAUCGUCACCAAGAUUUACGGCGUCGAGCCCAACGAGAUUUCUGCGGCGUCGCUCCGAAAGCGCGUCACGAAGCUCGGGCUCGACGGCAUCUACGAGGUCGUCCCCGUCGGCAUCGAGCAGGUGACCGACCCCACGGCCUGGGCCGGCGAGAUCCCAGAGGGUAGCCUCGACUGCAUUGUCUGCAUCUGCUGCCUUUGCAGCAUCCCCGAUCAGGAAAAGAACAUUCAAUAUCUGUACAAGCUUCUCAAGCCUGGUGGUCGCUGGUACAUCCAUGAGCACGUCAAGGCUACGCGCGGCGGCCCUCUGCUGAGUCUUUAUCAGAGGUAUGUCGGAUUCUUCCACGGCUUGGUCAUGGGCGGCUGCACACUCUGUCGCUCUACGCUCGAGAACAUCCUAGCUGCGGGGCCGUUCUCCGAGGUCAACGUAGGCCAUCCGGAGGACGAGACCGGAUACGAGGUGAUUCCAUGGGUCAUGGGUAUCCUUAAGAAGUAG